AUGGAAACGAAGGACGCCGCCGAGCAGACGAGCAAACUGGGCAGCCUUCUUGGCCUACCUGGACGAAAUUCAACGGCAGCCCUACAUACUGACGUACGAUUGCUUCCGACCAUAGACGUUUGCACUUUAGAAUUCCCGGAUAACUACACGCCGCCAGAUCAUAUUGCAGGGCUUCGCAUAAACGCGUGCAAUCUCCGCAAAAUGCACGACCACCAGCAAAUGCUGGCCGAAAAAGAGCGACUCGAACGGCUAGCCACCUUGCCCGAGGAACUACUGCUCGGUCAGCCCCCAGAGGGCACUUCCGGCCACCACAUCCGGCAUCAGAGGCAGCAUUUGGAGGAAGCAAACAGGGAGUUCGAUCCCAGGUCUAGGAUAGUCGGAUCCACGGUCAUUCUGAGAAGGGAAGAGCUGCAGUCUUUGGCGCAUAAUCGAAGUAGUUAUUCUACUGUUAACAGAUAGGCUUAAGAGGUUUGAGGCGUAGGGAGAUGAGCGGGAAAUCACGAGCGGAUUGUAGAUGGUACGGUUUGGUCAUUUGGCUUGGCGAAAGGGAGUGAGAUCAGAUUCAAAAAGUCUCAGUUCAGACGAAAAAGGCUUAUGAUUGUAUGUCCAUUUUUUUGCGGCUGAGAAUAGCUAUAUAGUCGAAAUCAUGAAAGGUGACGAUUACAUCAUCAUUUUAGUCUAUAGUAAAGGCAACGACAGCGAUUUGUGAAUAUUUUUAAUGAAGUUUUAAAUAUGUUAGACAGAGGCAAACAGAAUUUUAUUGUCUAAACAGACUGUAUUGCUAAUUUGCAUGUAUCCAACAAAGAUAGACGAUGUUUUCAUGUUGCAUGGUCGAUCGUAUUUCAAAGAUGGAUAGUUAGGUUAUGUUAAAGCAGGUUAGGUUGUUUUCGGAUAAUACUUUGGAC